AGCAUUAUUGAACGAGCAGCCGAUCAGCAUUUCAAGCAUCUGGCCGUGGAGACAGGGCUACAAUUACAUUCACAGAGCAUCAAAUAUGCGGACGCUCUCAAAAGUAUCAUUAUGCCUCAAGGAAGCUGGUCGUCGCUCGAUUUCGAUGACCUAAUUGGAGAGUGUGAGAAAUACUCGCUGGUUCGGAUCUCAACUCAAGAUGAAGAAAAAUUCUAUUCGAUGCAUAUACUUGUGCAGAAUUUUUUGCAAGCAAGUUGUAGGAUAGUGCUUGGUCAUCCUUCAAGUCGGCUUGUCACUCGCCUGCUUGGCUCUGCAGUCACAAUUGGUGCUCCAUGGGAAUACCUUGCAUUCAACCGAUCUGUAUCCUCCCAUUUACAGCUGAUCAAUCUGGAUGAUGUAGUUGAAGCUGGGGACCACUAUGGAUUUGGAGUUGUAUUGAAUGAAGUAGGGGAUGGAAAACUGGCAGUGAAGCAUAUGGAGCAUUGUGUAGAAAUAUGGAGAGGAUCAGUUAGUGAGGAGUCUGAGAACCUAUUAGAUGCAAUGGAAAUAUUAGCUCGGUCAUACAGCACAGCAGGAAAGGAGGAAGAGGCUUUAGGAUUACGAGAGAAUGUAAUGAAGAAGACAAGAGAAAUACUUGGAGAUGACCAUCUCAACACUAUAUUGGCAAUUGGCAACCUAGCCUCAUCAUACUGGAGCCUAGGAAGAAGCAUGGAGGCUGUACCAUUGGAGGAGGAGGUGCUAGAGAAGUGUAGAAAGCUGCUUGGAGAUGACCAUCUUGACACUAUAUCGGCAAUUGCCAACCUAGCCUCAUCAUACUCAAGCCUAGGAAGAAGCAUGGAGGCUGUGCCAUUGAGGGAGGAGGUGCUAGAGAAGCGUAGAAAGCUGCUUGGAGAUGACCAUCUUGACACUAUCAAUGCAAUCCAUAACCUGGCUGUGUCAUAUUCCAAAGUAGGAGGAGCCAAUAAAGCCCUGCCAUUGGCAGAAGAAGCAGUCAAGAAAUGGACCAAUCUCCUUGGUGAAGAUCACCAGAAGACUCACUAUGCAAUGGGCAAUCUAGCCAAUGUAUAUGCUGCAUUGGGACAGGCUAACAAUGCAUCCAAAUUGCAAGCCCAAAUCUCAAGCAAACAAUCCAAAUGA